CCGAUGUUGAAAGGAUUAGUGUGUUUCUUGUCCCUAUGUUUAUGUGCCGAUGUUGAAAGGAUUAGUGAGUUUCUUGUCUCAAUGUUUAAGAAAGUAAACCUUCAGAAAUAGCAGGAUGUCACUAGAUAGAGAAAAAUGAAGAAAUGGCUCUCAGUAAUGGUAAAAAAUAUGCCUAAAAAGAAUAUUGAUAAAGUACUUCAAAAGAAGAACAUGGCAGAUGAUUUGGUUAACAAGAAGUUAAAUCUUGAAAUGUUAUCUUCCUCUGAAAGUCAUGUGAAAAACAGUGAUGAUAAGAAAAUUGUGACAGUUAAAGAAGAAUUUCCAACUGACUUAACUGAUGAAAGAACUUCUGUGUCUAUACAAAGAUAUGGCCUCAGAAAGAGAAAACCAGCCAUUCCUUCAGAACAACAUAACAUUAAGGCUAUUAAACAAGAGUUUAGUCCUAGAAAGAGUAUAGUGAAAAAAGAACCUAACAGUGAAUCAUUAACUGCCAAAAGUAACAAAAACAAUACAAAGAUUGCCAAAAGUGAAAAGUAUACAGUUAACAAAGAAAGAAAGAAAAUAAAAAAAACCAGUGCUCAAGUUGAUAAAUCUGAUAGUAAACAACAGAGAGACAAAAGCCCACACAAUAAACCUCUGUUAACUAACCAAAAGUUUGUUGGUGCUCAUGUGUCCAUUUCUGGUAAGUACCUUGAAAACAGUUAG